UUGAAGAAAGAACCAUCUUCUUCUCUUGCGACUCUGAAAAAGACCCUAUUCGAUAUGGAUAACAACAAGGAAACCUUAAUGAAGCAAGAAGAAGAAGAGCCUGACAAUUUCCGAGAAGACUUUCAGUGCUGUGUUUGCCUGGAACUUCUUUACAAGCCAGUUGUUUUAGGAUGUGGCCACAUUUCAUGUUUCUGGUGUGUCUUCAAUUCAAUGAAUGCAUUCUAUGAGUCCAGCUGUCCAGUUUGUCGGCACCCAUAUAAUCAUUUUCCUAGUAUCUGUAAUUUGCUGCAUUUCCUACUCCAAAAAUUGUAUCCGACAGCAUAUCAGAGAAGGGAAAAGCAAGUGGGAGAUGAAGAGAAGGAAGCUGGCAACUUCUCACCUGAAGUUCAACAUCCGCUAGCCAGACCAUAUCAUACUGGGUCCAAUAUUCCUCAACCUUGUCCAGAGUCAAAGAUAUCUGAAUGCUGUUCUUCUGGGGUAGGAGAAUCUCCUUCACAUGUAAAUUCACCAGAAACAACGAUAGACCAUGAAGCUGAUAUUUCAGUUCUUCUGACAUCUUCAAAGAAUGUUGAACCAACUGAAAAUGCAGCCAUCGAAGAGCACUGUUUACAUGGUAAUGAUCUUGAUAAUGGAACUCACAAGGAGAUUUCUGUUUCAGAUCUACUAUGUGUUGCGUGCAAGAGUCUGCUCUUUCAACCUGUCGUUCUGAAUUGUGGCCAUGUAUAUUGUGAAUCUUGUAUAAUUAUUCCAGAAGAUGGAACUUUUAGGUGUCAAAUUUGUCAAAGCAUGCAUCCAAAUGGAUUUCCAAGUGUAUGCCUAAUUUUAGAGCAUUUCUUGGAGGAGCAAUAUCCUGAAGCUUAUGCACAGAGACGAGUAUCUUCAGUAAAACAAGCUGAUAGUCAGGUGAAUGUUCGUCGACGUGUGGGCCAAUCAUCAUCAAAACUGUUUGAUGAGUACAUCUCCGGCUGGUAUGGUGUCGGGCCAAAAGUUCACUUUGGAAUUGGUUGUGACUACUGCGGGAUGUCUCCAAUUAUUGGCGAGAGGUACAGAUGUAAAGACUGUGUGGAGAGGAUGGGUUUUGAUCUAUGUGGAGCAUGCUAUAAAGCCCCAUCCAAGAUCUCUGGUCGAUUCAAUCAGCAACAUAAACCAGAACACAAACUUGAGAUUGUAGAGCCAGUAAGAAUAAACUUCCUUACCUACCAGUCAGAUGAAGAUGGUGCUGAGGUGCUGGAACACUUGGGAGAUGUCCCUCCCGUUCCACUUCCACAAGAACCAGAAAAUGGCUCUAACAAUCAGCAAAAUGAUUCUGCUGCUAUUCUGAUGUCAGCUGAUACUUCACGAGAUCCAGAUGAUGAUUUUAAUGAUUGUUUACCGGAUUUGACUCAAGAAUGAAAAGGUACCGAACAAAAUUUUUAAAUCAGACUAUAUUCAAAAUUCUUUUCAGAUC